CUGAAACAGGAAGCCAAAGGGUUUUUGAUCAGAGGAGUAACAUGAUCUGACUCAGCCUUUAAAAAGAUCACCCUGCUGCUGAGUUGAGAAGACAGUAAGAGACAUGAGGACUCAAGCAAGGAACCAGUUAGAAGGCUUUUGCCACAAUCCAGAGAAAGAUGCUGGUUGCAAGUUUUGGAGAUUCCUGUUUUUUAUGGAACACAGUUCUGUAAAAUUUUCAUAAGAUUCCUUGGCAAUAACAUACGCUUGUGAUGGACCCUAGAAAUACUGCUAUGUUAGGAUUGGGUUCUGAUUCCGAAGGUUUUUCAAGAAAGAGUCCUUCUGCCAUCAGUACUGGCACACUGGUCAGUAAGAGAGAAGUAGAGCUAGAGAAAAACACAAAGGAGGAAGAGGACCUUCGCAAACGGAAUUGGGAGAGAAACAUUGAAUCAGGGAAAGAUGAUGGUUUGACUGAUGCACAGCAACAGUUUUCAGUGAAAGAAACAAACUUUACUGAGGGAAAUUUAAAAUUGAAAAUUGGCCUUCAGGCUAAGAGAACUAAAAAACCUCCAAAAAACUUGGAGAACUAUGUAUGUCGACCUGCCAUAAAAACAACUAUCAAACACCCAAGGAAAGCACUUAAAAGUGGGAAAAUGACAGAUGAAAAGAAUGAACAUUGUCCUUCAAAACGGUGGUGGCUCCUUGAAUGUCCAGUGGUCUUUUUAGUUGUUGCAUUUCAUGAUCAACACAAAAAGUGCCUUAAAGGCAGCUCAAUAAGACUCGAAGAAAGAUCUGUAAGCAUAAAACAGGACCCUUCAAAGUUAUAUAAGAAAGCAGAUGAUGUUGCAGCCAUUGAAUGUCAGUCUGAAGAAAUCCUCCAUCUUCAUUCACAGGGAGAAAACAAUCCUUUAUCUAAGAAGCUAUCUCCAGUGCAUUCAGAAAUGGCAGAUUAUAUUAAUGCAACACCACCUACUUUUGUUGGUAGCCGGGAUCCUGAUAUAAAGGACAGAGCAUUACUUAAUGGAGGAACUAGUGUAACAGAAAAAUUGGCACAGCUCAUUGCUACUUGUCCUCCCUCCAAGUCUUCCAAGACAAAACCGAAGAAGUUAGGAACUGGCACUGCAGGAGGAUUGGUUAGCAAGGAUUUAAUCAGGAAAGCAGGUGUUGGCUCUGUAGCAGGAAUAAUACAUAAGGACUUAAUAAAAAAGCCAACUAUCAGCACAGCAGUUGGAUUGGUAACUAAAGAUCCUGGGAAAAAGCCAAUGUUUAAUGCAACAUUAGGAUUGGUCAAUAAGGACUCUGUGAAAAAACUGGGAACUAGCACCACAGCGGUAUUCAUUAAUAAAGACUUAGGCAAAAAGCCAGGAACUAUCACUACAGUAGGGCUGCUAAGCAAGGAUUCAGGAAAGAAGCUAGGAAUUGGUAUUGUUCCAGGGUUAGUGAAUAAGGAGUCUGGCAAGAAGUUAGGACUUGGCACUGUAGUUGGACUGGUUAAUAAAGACUUGGGGAAGAAAUUGGGUUCUACUGUUGGCCUAGUGGCCAAAGACUGUGCAAAGAAGAUUGUAGCAAGUUCAGCAUUGGGAUUGGCUAAUAAGGACAUUGGAAAGAAACUAAUGAGUUGUCCACUGGCAGGACUGGUGAGUAAAGAUGCCAUAAACCUUAAAGCCGAAGCACUGCUCUCCACUCAGGAACCACUUAAGGCUUCUUGUAGUACAACCAUCAGUAAUCAUGAAAAUCAGGAACUUUCUGAAUCCAUGAAAGACAAUGCCACCAGCAAAACUUUUGAGAAGAAUGUUACACGGCAGAAUAAAGAAAGCAUAUUGGAAAAGUUCUCAGUUCGAAAAGAAAUCAUUAAUUUGGAGAAAGAAAUGUUUAAUGAAGGAACAUGCAUUCAGCAAGACAGUUUCUCAUCUAGUGAAAGGGGAUCUUAUGAAACCUCAAAGCAUGAAAAGCAACCUCCCGUAUAUUGCACUUCUCCAGACUUUCAAAUGGGAGGUGCUUCUGAUGCAUCUACAGCUAAAUCCCCUUUUAGUGCAGUAGGAGAAAGCAGUCUCCCUUCCCCAUCACCUACUGUAUCUGUUAACCCUUUAAACAGAAGUCUCCCUGAAACUUCUUCACAGUUGGCUCCUCAUCCAUUACUUUUAAGUCCUACCACAGAACUAAUGGAAGAAAUUUCUGAAUCUGUUGGAAAGAACCAGUUUACUUCAGAGAGUUCCCAUUUGAAUGUUGGUCAUAGGUCAGUGGGUCAUAGCAUAAGUAUUGAAUGUAAAGGGAUUGAAAAAGACCUAAAUGAUUCAAAAACUACCCAUAUAGAUAUUCCAAGAAUAAGUUCUUCCCUUGGAAAAAAGCCAAGUUUGACUACUGAACCCAGUAUUCAUACUAUUACUCCUUCAGUUGUUAACUUCACUAGUUUAUUUAGUAACAAGCCUUUUCUAAAACUUGGUGCAGUAACUGCAUCAGACAAACACUGCCAAGUUGCUGAAAGCCUGAGUACUAGCUUGCAGUCCAAACCAUUAAAAAAAAGAAAAGGAAGAAAACCACGGUGGACUAAAGUGGUGGCAAGAAGCACAUGCCGGUCUCCAAAAGGGCUAGAAUUAGAAAGAUCAGAGCUUUUUAAAAAUGUUUCAUGUAGCUCACUAUCAAACAGUAAUUCUGAGCCAACCAAGUUUAUGAAAAACAUUGGACCACCUUCAUUCGUAGAUCAUGACUUCCUUAAACGCCGAUUGCCAAAGUUGAGCAAAUCUACAGCUCCAUCUCUUGCUCUCUUAACUGAUAGUGAAAAACCUCAUAAGUCCUUUGCUACUCACAAACUGACCUCUAGUAUGUGUGUCUCUAGUGACCUUUUGUCUGAUAUUUAUAAGCCGAAAAGAGGAAGACCUAAAUCUAAGGAAAUGCCUCAACUGGAAGGUCCACCUAAAAGAACUUUAAAAAUCCCCGCCUCUAAGGUUUUUUCUUUACAGUCUAAGGAAGAACAAGAACCCCCUAUUUUACAGCCAGAAAUUGAAAUUCCUUCCUUCAAACAAAGUCUCUCUGUGUCUCCUUUUCCAAAAAAGAGAGGCAGGCCUAAGAGGCAAAUGAGGUCACCAGUCAAGAUGAAGCCACCUGUACUAUCAGUGGCUCCAUUUGUUGCUUCUGAAAGCCCAAACAAGCUAGAGUCUGAAAGUGACAACCACAGAAGUGGUAGUGAUUUCUUUGAGAGCGAGGAUCAACUUCAGGAUCCAGAUGAUCUAGAUGACAGUCAUAGGCCAAGUGUCUGCAGUAUGAGUGACCUUGAGAUGGAACCAGAUAAAAAAAUUACUAAGAGAAACAAUGGGCAAUUGAUGAAAACAAUUAUCCGCAAAAUUAAUAAAAUGAAAACUUUAAAGAGAAAGAAACUGUUGAAUCAGAUUCUUUCAAGCUCUGUUGAAUCAAGUAAUAAAGGGAAAGUGCAAUCAAAACUCCAUAAUACAGUAUCAAGUCUUGCUGCCACGUUUGGCUCUAAACUGGGCCAACAGAUAAAUGUCAGUAAAAAAGGAACCAUUUACAUAGGAAAGAGAAGGGGUCGAAAACCAAAAACUGUCUUAAAUGGCAUUCUUUCGGGUAGCCCUACCAGCCUUGCUGUCCUUGAGCAAACAGCUCAGCAGGCGGCUGGGUCAGCAUUAGGACAGAUUCUUCCCCCUUUGCUGCCUUCAUCUGCUAGUGGUUCUGAGAUUCUCCCAUCACCUAUUUGCUCUCAAUCUUCUGGGACUAGUGGAGGUCAGAGCCCUGUAAGUAGUGAUGCAGGCUUUGUUGAACCCAGUUCGGUGCCAUAUUUGCAUUUACACUCCAGACAGGGCAGUAUGAUUCAAACUCUUGCUAUGAAGAAGGCCUCAAAGGGGAGGAGGCGGUUAUCUCCUCCUACUUUGUUGCCAAAUUCUCCUUCCCACUUGAGUGAACUCACAUCUCUCAAGGAAGCUACUCCUUCCCCAAUUAGUGAAUCUCAUAGUGAUGAGACCAUUCCCAGUGAUAGUGGAAUUGGAACAGAUAAUAACAGCACAUCAGACAGGGCAGAGAAAUUUUGUGGGCAAAAAAAGAGGAGGCAUUCUUUUGAGCAUGUUUCUCUGAUUCCCCCUGAAACCUCUACAGUUCUAAGCAGUCUUAAAGAAAAACAUAAACACAAAUGUAAGCGCAGGAAUCAUGAUUACCUCAGCUAUGACAAGAUGAAAAGGCAGAAACGAAAACGGAAAAAGAAAUAUCCCCAACUUCGAAAUAGACAGGAUCCAGACUUUAUCGCAGAACUGGAAGAACUAAUAAGUCGUUUAAGUGAAAUUCGGAUCACCCAUCGAAGUCAUCAUUUUAUCCCCCGAGAUCUUCUGCCAACUAUUUUCCGAAUCAACUUUAAUAGUUUCUAUACACAUCCUUCUUUUCCCUUAGACCCUUUGCACUACAUUCGAAAACCUGACUUAAAAAAGAAAAGAGGGAGACCCCCUAAGAUGAGGGAGGCAAUGGCUGAAAUGCCUUUUAUGCACAGCCUUAGUUUUCCUCUUUCUAGUACUGGAUUCUAUCCUUCUUAUGGCAUGCCUUAUUCUCCUUCACCCCUUACAGCUGCUCCCAUAGGAUUAGGUUACUAUGGAAGGUAUCCUCCCACUCUUUAUCCACCUCCUCCCUCUCCUUCUUUUACCACUCCACUUCCACCUCCUUCCUAUAUGCAUGCUGGUCAUUUACUUCUCAAUCCCACCAAAUACCAUAAGAAAAAGCAUAAGCUGCUUCGACAGGAGGCCUUUCUUACAACCAGCAGGACUCCCCUCCUCUCCAUGAGUACAUACCCCAGUGUUCCUCCUGAGAUGGCCUAUGGCUGGAUGGUCGAACACAAACAUAGGCACCGGCACAAACACAGAGAUCACCGUUCUUCUGAGCAACCCCAGGUUUCCAUGGAUACUGGCACAUCCAGAUCUGUCCUAGAGUCUCUGAAGCGCUAUAGAUUUGGAAAGGAUACUGUUGGAGAGCGUUACAAACAUAAGGAAAAGCACCGGUGUCACAUGUCCUGCCCUCACCUCUCUCCUUCAAAAAGCUUAAUAAAUAGAGAAGAACAGUGGGUCCACCGAGAGCCUUCAGAAUCUAGUCCAUUGGCCUUGGGAUUACAGACACCUUUACAGAUUGACUGUUCAGAAAGUUCUCCAAGUUUAUCACUUGGAGGAUUCACUCCCAACUCUGAGCCAGCCAGCAAUGAUGAGCAUACAAACCUUUUCACAAGUGCAAUAGGCAGCUGCAGAGUUUCAAACCAUAACUCCAGUGGCCGGAAGAAAUUAGCUGACAGCCCUGGACUCUUUUCUGCACAAGACACUUCACUAAAUCGGCCUCAUAGAAAGGAGCCACUCUCUUCCAAUGAAAGGGCAGUACAGACCUUGACAGGUUCCCAGCCAACCACAGAUAAACCAUCACAACGACUGUCAGAGAGCACAAACUGCAGCCCUACCCGGAAGAGGUCUUCAUCUGAGAGUACUUCUUCAACAGUAAAUGGAGUUCCCUCUCGGAGUCCAAGAUUGAUUGCUUCUGGGGAUGACUCUGUUGAUAGUCUACUGCAACGGAUGGUACAACAUGAGGAUCAAGAGCCCAUAGAGAAAAAUGAUGCUGUGAUCACAACUGCCUCUGUACCACCUCCUUCUAGUCCAGGCCGUAGUCACAGCAAGGAACGAACCCUGGGAAAACCAGACAGCCUUUUAGUGCCUGCAGUUCCAAGUGACUCUUGCAAUAAUAGCAUCUCACUCCUUUCUGAAAAGUUGACCGGUAGUUGUUCUCCCCUACAUAUUAAAAGAAGUGUAGUGGAAGCUAUGCAGCGUCAAGCUCGGAAAAUGUGCAAUUAUGACAAAAUCUUGGCCACCAAGAAAAACCUAGACCAUGUGAAUAAAAUUUUAAAAGCCAAAAAACUUCAAAGGCAGGCCAGGACAGGGAAUAACUUUGUGAAACGCAGACCAGGUCGACCUCGAAAAUGUCCCCUCCAGGCUGUGGUAUCAAUGCAAGCAUUCCAGGCUGCCCAUUUCAUCAGCCCAGAAUUGAAUGAAGAAGAAGGAGGACCACCACACUUAGGUCCUGAUACAGUUACAGAUGUGAUUGAGGCUGUUGUUCAGAGUGUAAAUCUAAACCCAGAACAUAAGAAGGGGUUGAAGAGGAAAACUUGGCUGUUGGAAGAACAGACCAGGAAAAAGCAGAAGCCAUUACCAGAGGAGGAAGAACAAGAGAGUAAUACAAGCUUUAAUGAAGCACCAGUUGAGAUUCCCAGUCCUCCUGAAACCCCAGCUAAACCUCCUGAACCUGAAAGUACCUUGCAGCCUGUGCUUUCUCUCAUUCCAAGGGAAAAGAAGGCCCCACGCCCCCCAAAGAAGAAGUAUCAGAAAGCAGGGCUGUAUUCUGACGUUUACAAAACUACAGACCCAAAGAGCCGAUUAAUCCAAUUAAAGAAAGAGAAGCUGGAGUAUACUCCAGGAGAGCAUGAAUAUGGAUUAUUCCCAGCCCCCAUUCAUGUUGGAAAGUAUCUAAGACAAAAGAGAAUUGACUUCCAGCUCCCUUAUGACAUUCUUUGGCAGUGGAAACACAAUCAGCUAUACAAAAAGCCAGAUGUCCCACUAUAUAAAAAAAUUCGUUCAAAUGUCUACGUUGAUGUCAAACCCCUUUCUGGUUACGAGGCUACCACCUGUAAUUGUAAGAAGCCAGAUGAUGACAGCAGGAAGGGCUGUGUGGAUGACUGCCUCAAUAGAAUGAUCUUUGCUGAGUGUUCCCCUAACACUUGCCCCUGUGGCGAACAAUGCUGUAACCAGAGGAUACAGAGACAUGAGUGGGUCCAAUGUCUGGAACGAUUUCGAGCUGAGGAAAAAGGGUGGGGAAUCAGAACCAAAGAACCCCUAAAAGCUGGACAGUUCAUCAUUGAAUAUCUAGGGGAAGUUGUCAGUGAACAGGAGUUCAGGAACAGGAUGAUUGAGCAGUAUCACAACCACAGUGAUCACUACUGUCUGAACCUGGAUAGCGGUAUGGUGAUUGACAGUUACCGCAUGGGAAAUGAGGCCCGAUUCAUCAAUCACAGCUGUGACCCAAAUUGUGAAAUGCAGAAAUGGUCUGUUAAUGGAGUAUACCGGAUUGGGCUAUAUGCUCUUAAGGAUAUGCCAGCUGGGACCGAACUCACUUAUGAUUACAACUUUCAUUCCUUCAAUGUUGAAAAACAGCAACUUUGUAAGUGUGGCUUUGAGAAAUGCCGAGGGAUCAUUGGAGGCAAGAGUCAACGCAUGAAUGGACUCUCCAGCAGCAAGAACAGCCAGCCUGUGGCCACACACAAAAAGUCUGGACGGUCAAAAGAGAAGAGAAAGUCUAAGCACAAGUUGAAGAAAAGGAGAGGCCAUCUCUCUGAGGAGCCCAGUGAAAAUAUCAACCCCCCAACAAGAAUGACACCCCAGUUGCAGAUGAAGCCAAUGUCCAAUCGAGAGAGGAACUUUGUAUUAAAGCAUCAUGUGUUCUUGGUCCGAAACUGGGAAAAGAUUCGUCAAAAACAGGAGGAAGUAAAACACACAAGUGAUAAUAUUCACUCAGCAUCAUUAUAUUCCCGCUGGAAUGGUAUCUGCCGAGACGAUGGGAAUAUCAAGUCUGAUGUCUUCAUGACCCAGUUCUCUGCCCUACAGACAGCUCGAUCUGUUCGAACGAGACGUUUGGCAGCUGCAGAGGAAAACAUUGAAGUGGCUCGAGCAGCCCGCCUUGCCCAAAUCUUCAAAGAGAUCUGUGAUGGUAUCAUCUCUUAUAAAGAUUCUUCCCGACAAGCACUGGCAGCUCCACUUUUGAACCUUCCCCCAAAGAAAAAGAAUGCUGAUUAUUAUGAGAAGAUCUCUGAUCCGCUAGACCUUAGCACUAUAGAGAAGCAGAUCCUCACCGGCUACUAUAAGACAGUUGAGGCUUUUGAUGCUGACAUGCUCAAAGUUUUUCGGAACGCAGAGAAAUACUAUGGGCGUAAAUCCCCAAUUGGGAGAGAUGUUUGCCGCCUACGAAAGGCCUAUUACAAUGCCCGACAUGAGGCAUCAGCCCAAAUUGAUGAGAUUGUGGGAGAGACAGCAAGUGAGGCAGACAGCAGUGAGACCUCAGUCUCUGAGAAGGAAAAUGGGCAUGAGAAGGAUGAUGAUGUUAUUCGCUGUAUCUGUGGCCUCUACAAGGAUGAAGGUCUCAUGAUCCAGUGUGACAAGUGCAUGGUGUGGCAGCACUGUGAUUGUAUGGGAGUGAGCUCAGAUGUGGAGCACUACCUGUGCGAGCAAUGUGAUCCAAGGCCUGUGGACAGGGAGGUACCCAUGAUCCCGCGGCCCCACUAUGCGCAACCUGGUUGUGUCUACUUCAUUUGUUUGCUCCGAGAUGACUUGCUGCUUCGUCAGGGUGAUUGUGUGUAUCUGAUGAGGGACAGUCGACGCACCCCCGAUGGCCACCCAGUCCGCCAGUCCUAUCGAUUGUUAUCUCACAUUAACCGAGAUAAACUUGACAUCUUCCGAAUUGAGAAGCUUUGGAAGAAUGAAAAAGAGGAACGGUUUGCCUUUGGUCACCAUUAUUUCCGUCCCCAUGAAACACACCACUCUCCAUCCCGUCGGUUCUAUCAUAAUGAACUAUUUCGGGUGCCGCUGUACGAGAUAAUUCCCUUAGAGGCUGUAGUGGGAACCUGCUGUGUGUUAGACCUUUAUACAUACUGUAAAGGGAGACCCAAAGGGGUGAAGGAGCAAGAUGUAUACAUCUGUGAUUACCGGCUUGACAAGUCAGCACACCUGUUUUAUAAAAUCCAUCGGAAUCGCUAUCCUGUCUGCACCAAACCCUAUGCCUUUGACCACUUCCCUAAGAAGCUCGCUCCCAAAAGAGAUUUCUCACCUCAUUAUGUUCCAGACAACUACAAGAGGAAUGGAGGGCGAUCAUCCUGGAAGUCUGAGCGCUCAAAACCACCCCUGAAAGAUCUGGUCCAGGAAGAUGAUGCUCUACCCUUGAUUGAAGAGGUUCUAGCCAGUCAAGAGCAAGCAGCCAAUGAGAUGCCUCACCUGGAGGAACGGGAAGGGACCACUGCUGAUGUCAUUGGGGGUGAAAAAAAAACAGAAGAAAGUAGUCAGGAACUCCAAUCAGCUUGUACCCCUGAGGAACGACGGCAUAACCAACGGGAACGACUCAACCAGAUUUUGCUCAAUCUCCUUGAAAAAAUCCCUGGAAAAAAUGCCAUUGAUGUGACCUACUUGUUGGAGGAAGGAUCAGGCAGGAAACUGCGAAGACGUACUUUGUUUAUCCCAGAAAACAGCUUUCGGAAGUGAUCCUAAAAGAAUGAGAACCUAAGGCAUCUGGGAUCCAGUGGAACUAAUCAGUCCUGCCUCCUGCUCUGUGGUGUAGAUGGGUGGGAAGGGUCCGUCCAGACACGGGGAAGGGAGCCUUGUUGUUGACAUUAGGUACUUACUACACUCUGGAGCUAGUGGAGAGGAAGAGAAAGGGGAUCUGUCCAAGACAGUUCAGUUUAAUUUUCCUUUCCAUUGCUUCACCUGAAGGGUUAAUAACAGAGGGAGGGAGGACCACACUGGGGAUGACCAGAACUGUUGGUACUUCAUAGCACUUGCCCCUCCCCCACAGCUCGGGAUUUUCCUGUGUCAUCCUCAGAUCCCACAGGCACUGCUGAGAGGCUGCUUUCUAUACCCAGGUGUAACUCAAAGUCUAAAAGGACAGGGCUGUACUCCCACUCCCACCCCCAACUGUGCUGUUGGCUCUAAGAGCUGCUCCAGAGACCUGUGACAGUACCAGAGGCCUCUUGCCAGACCAGUAAAGUUUCUCUCUCCUUUUUUGCCCAAGGUAGAGUAAAACAUAAGUUGACAGCUCAAAGCACUUGUCAUUGCUGCCCCCUCCCUACCUGUACUCCCCAAAAUGGAAUCAUAGAAUAGGGAAAGCCCCUAUGGGGUCAGAAGGGCACAGUACUUCUUAUAAUUAUUUUUGUUUUACUCUUUAUAACCUGUUGGACAUUUUUUUUUCUAAUGAGAAAGCCAGGCCCCCGCCAGUACACAUGCCAUUUUUGAUGUGCUGUGGUCCUAGUGUGUCUGCCGUGCUGUGCAAAUGGACUUAGUUGAAAAUAAAGUCUCUUUUUUUUUUUCUUUUUGGCGGUUUUUGGCCAGGGCUGGGUUUGAACCUGCCACCUCUGGCAUAUGGGGCCGGCACCCUGCCUUUGAGCCACAGGCACCACCUGAAAAUAAAGUCAUUUUAAAACAUACGUAACUAGAACUCUAAACUCUCCCCACUAACAAGUCACUACAUAACAUAAACUGUUCAGCAGUAUUCGCCUAUCAGAGUAUUUGUUGUGAGUGUAGAUUAUCAAUUGAAAACACUAAUCUUGUUUUCUUAAUUGUACAGUUUUCAGUGUCCAUUUCUUAAAGAGACAGUGUGCUCUUUUCGCCUCUCAACCCAACCACCAUCCCCCAUCCCGAGUGACUUCAUCAUCAGGUGUAUCCAGGGUGUCUCCUUCCUGUUCUCUUGACCAGAAGUCACCAGACUAUACUGUCUCUUUAAAAAUAAAAUUUAAAAAGCUUUGCUUUGUUGUCUCCUCAGACAUACAUAUGCAUAUACGUUUUAGAUGUUCUUAUAAAAGAUGGUUUUUAAAUGUGCCAAGUUGUGAGUGUAUAUAUAUAUAUGUGUGUGUGUGUGUGUGUGUAUAUAUAUAUAUAUCUGACGCGUGAUUGGUAAGCAAUACAAUAGUAAACAUGUCCCAUUACUCUUUUCUAAUAUUGGACCAAUGCUGUCCUAAUUGUACAUUUCCCCUCAUGAUGACGAUGCUCCGACUCAUUUGGGUAGAGUUGCUGACCACCUUCCAUUCCACUGAAUCUUUUUUUCUUUUUCUCCUUUGUCAUUCUUGAGGAAAAAACAAAACAAAAGAGAGAGGGGAUGCCAGUGAUCCCCUUCAGCAGAGAAAAAGCAAAAUAAAUAUUUUAUUAAAGAAAAAAGAGAAUUAAGAAAAUAGUUUGGAGUAUUUUCUUACUGUAGAGAAGCACUGUACAUUACUAAGAGACCCGGGUAUAAAGUACUCAAACAUGUGGAGGGGAGAGAUCGCAUGUCCAGACCCGUCUGGUUGCUUUUGUUUUUCAUUGCAGGGAGUGGGUGGGAGGGAGGGGGGACUAGGGGCACUUUGUGGGUCUCCUUUUAGUCAAAAGCAAGAAAAUGACAAGAAAGAGAUUAAAAUUCAAUGUUUCCUUUAUAGUGUUAAACACUAAAAUUUUAAAAAAGUUGAAAAAGAAAAAAAACUUUGUAAAAUGUAAGAACAGAAGCAAAAGACACUACGCUCUGUCAUUUUAUCUUUCUUUUGUUGAAAGACUAAAAACAAAUGUUUUUUAGACAAUCAAAUGUUAGGUAAGUGCAAAAACUUGUUUUUUCUUACUGGUGUAGAAAUUAAUGCCUUUUUUUAUUUUUCGGUUAUUUUAUAAUAACGAAAUAAAAAGAACCCCCCAGCUGCCAGGCGGGUUUCGGUGUUUGAAGUGCGCAGCAAAGCACUACAUCACUGCACAUAGGUACAGAGCUAGUCUGCAUGUCUGUAGGCCGUGUGAUUGCGGAAAACACAAAUGCUGCUAAUAUAUUUCCUUUUUACAGAAGCAUAUCUAAAUAGAUGAUUGUUUUGAUGUUAAUCUUUGUAAAUUAUGUAUUACCAAUUUUAACAUUGGAUGUAAUUGCAUAAAAAGCUUGCAUCUCAAUUCUUUAAAGUCUAGUAUUAAAAUGGAAAAAACUUUUCCUAA